AUGUCACGGAGAAACUUAUUUAAGAAGGUUUUAAGGUUCGGGAGGAAGGGUAAGCUCAGUCAAAGGCUCAUUGGCCCUUACAAGGUUAUUGAGCAGAUUGGACCGGUUGCUUAUCGUCUUUUGUUGCCGCCUGAGCUUGAGCACAUUCACAAUGUCUUCCAUGUUUCCAUGUUAUGGAAGUAUAGACCGAAUCCUUCUCAUGUUGUUCCUAUUGAGGAGAUUGAGGAUCAAUCUGACCUUUUGUAUGAGGAGGAACUGAUUGCGAGCUUAGACCAUCAGGUUAAGGUGCUAUGCAAUAAGACGGUUCCAUUGGUGAAAGUUUUAUGGCACAACCAUAAGACUAAGGAAGCGACUUGGAAGUCAGAAGAUAUCAUGAAGCGUUACUAUUUGUACCUAUUCGAUUUAGGUAAAUUUUGA